GGGCGCUGAGCGCGUCCUCGCCUCCUCCCGCGCGCGCGGCGGAUGAAGAAGAAGCGCGGUCCUUAAAGCGCGAAGCCGUGUUUUCCUCUCCUCACGCUCGCGCGGUCAGCCUCUCGGUUUUUAAUCCGUUCCCCGUCGCCGUGUUCGUCGCGUUUCGUCGCCUGCCGUCGUUUGAGAUGCCGAAGCGCUCGUGUCCGUUCAGCGAGAGCUUCUCGUCGCAGUAUAAAGUCCACGUCGGGCAGAAGGAGAUCAACCGCGGGGUUUUCGGACUCAAAUACAGACAGGAGGUUUACGAAAAGACCAAAAACCUGCUCUUCAACGGGACCAAAGCCGUGAUGGGUCGGCUCUGGAAGGCGGACGGGUCAGAGAAGGCCUCGGACGAGCCGGUGUCUGAUCAGACGGCUGAACCAGCGGCUCCUGGACCUCAGACGCUUCUCAAGGGUCAGACACGCAUCGGUCUGGACGGACGCUUGCAGAGAGCCGCCGCCGCCGCCGCAGGGGGUGCCGCGGCUCCUCCGGUGUGCUGCGUGUGUCAGAGGCUCUCGGGUUCGAGGGGUCCGUGCUCUCGGUGCGAGCGUCACGCGUGCGCUCCGUGUAUCCAGCAGUGUACCGUCUGCUCCGACCGCUGCUGCUCCUUCUGCUCCGUCACCGAUUACAGCGAGCGUUACGAGCGCGUCCUCUGCUGUGACUGUUCGUCCUGAUGAACACAUGACUGACGACCGUUGCAAGACGAGAUUUUUAAUGCAUUUCCAAUUAAAUGUAAAUGAGAUUUUAUAUAUGCUUUUUUUUUUUCCUCUGCUCCUCCCCUCAUUUUAUGUACAUACUCCUGUGAUUGAAAUAAAUACUUGACAUUAAUGCUUUCAUAA